GGAUCCGAAUUCCAGGGAGGCGGGGCGGAGACGGCGGCGAGGAGGAGGCCGCGGCGCGGGACGGAUCGAGCUGCGGCUCGGGCGGCGCCUCCCUGCGGCGGGCCCGCCCCGGCUCCGGCCCCCGCCGGGGCGAUGCUCCCCGGGGCCGCGGGAUGAGCCAGUGACUCGGCCGGUCCGGGCAUGGCGGACCCAGUGGCGGGCAUUGCGAGCUCGGCGGCCAAGAGCGUGCGGCCGUUCCGCUCCAGUGAGGCCUACGUGGAGGCCAUGAAGGAGGACCUGGCCGAGUGGCUCAAUGCCUUGUACGGCCUGGGUCUCCCGGGUGGUGGCGAUGGCUUCCUGACGGGGCUGGCCACGGGCACAACUCUGUGCCAACAUGCCAACGCUGUGACCGAGGCUGCCCGUGCAUUGGCAGCCACGCGCCCGGCCCGAGGUGUGGCCUUCCAGGCACACAGUGUGCCCGGCUCCUUCAUGGCCCGUGACAACGUGGCCACCUUCAUCGGCUGGUGCCGCACGGAGCUGGGAGUGCCGGAGGUGCUCAUGUUUGAGACUGAGGACCUGGUGCUGCGUAAAAAUGAAAAGAGCGUGGUGCUGUGCCUACUGGAGGUGGCGCGGCGUGGGGCCCGCCUGGGCCUGCUCGCCCCACGCCUCGUGCAGUUUGAGCAGGAGAUUGAGCGGGAGCUUCGUGCUGCACCGCCAGCCCCCAACGCCCCUGCUGCUGGGGAGGACACCACUGAAACCGCCCCUGCACCAGGGACUCCUGCCCGCGGCCCCCGAAUGACGCCCAGCGACCUGCGCAACCUCGAUGAGCUGGUGAGGGAGAUUCUGGGCCGCUGCACCUGCCCAGACCAGUUCCCCAUGAUCAAGGUCUCGGAGGGGAAGUACCGAGUGGGGGACUCCAGCCUGCUCAUCUUCGUGCGGGUGCUGAGGAGCCACGUGAUGGUACGAGUGGGUGGUGGCUGGGACACGCUGGAGCAUUACCUGGACAAGCACGACCCAUGCCGCUGCUCCUCCACUGCUCACCGUCCACCCCAGCCAAGGGUCCGCACGUUUUCUCCGCAGAGGGUGUCACCCACCCCCAGUCCCCGCCCUGCUAGCCCCGUCCCUGGAAGUGAGCGCCGGGGUUCCCGGCCUGAGAUGACUCCCACUAGCUUACGAAACACAAAGGAGGGGCCCGAGACCCCGCCCAGGCCCCGGGAUCAGCUGCCCCCCCAUCCCCGCACCCGCCGCUACUCCGGGGACAGUGACUCCUCAGCCUCCUCUGCCCAGAGCGGUCCCCUUGGUUCCCGAAGUGACGACACAGGCACUGGCCCCUGGAGGGAGCGACCCAGCCGGCGGCUGACCACAGGCACCCCGGCCUCUCCAAGACGGCCUCCUGCCCUGCGCAGCCAGUCCCGAGACCGGCUGGAUCGGGGUCGGCCCCGGGGGGCCCCAGGAGGCAGGGGAGCUCAACUGUUGGCCCCCAGCCCUGCCCGGCGGGCCCGGAGCCAGAGCCGUGAGGAGCAGGCGGUGCUGCUGGUGCGCAGGGAUCGAGACGGGCAGCACUCAUGGGUCCCAAGGGGCAGGGGCAGCGGGGGCUCGGGCAGGAGCACGCCCCAGACUCCCCGUGCUCGCAGCCCUGCAGCAUCCCGGCUUUCCCGGGUCUCCAGCCCCAGUCCAGAGUUGGGCACCACACCGGCCAGCAUCUUCCGCACACCCCUGCAGCUCGACCCACAGCAGGAGCAGCAGCUGUUCCGGCGCCUGGAAGAGGAGUUCCUGGCCAAUGCCCGGGCGCUUGAGGCUGUUGCUAGCAUGACCCCCACUGGACCAGCCCCUGAACCAGCUCGGGCCCCCGACCCUCCAGCUCCUGACUCUGCCUACUGUUCCUCCAGCUCCUCCUCUUCAUCCCUCAGUGUCCUGGGUGGCAAAUGUGGCCAACCUGGAGACUCUGGCCGGACGGCCAAUGGGCUGCCCGGGCCCCGAAGCCAAGCCCUUUCCAGCUCCUCUGAUGAAGGCAGCCCCUGCCCUGGCAUGGGGGGGUCACUAGAUGCACCUGGGAGCCCCCUGGCUGGCCCCGAGCCCUUGAGGACCUGGGCACGGGGUCGGAUGGACACACAGCCAGACCGUAAACCUUCACGCAUCCCCACGCCUCGGGGCCCCCGCCGCCCCUCUGCACCCGCGGAGCUUGGGACCUGGCAUGCUCUGCACCCAGUCACCCCAAGGGCUGAGCCAGAUUCCUGGAUGUGAUGGACCAGUUCAGCUGUCCCCAGACCCCAUCCCUUCUUUUCCUUUGUGGCCUUAACCCCUCUGCAUCAGGGAGCCCCCUCCACCUCAAGUACCAGACCUCAUGGGACCAGACCCCUUGGGACCACAUGGCACAAUGGGACCUCUGUUGUACAUUCCGGUUGGGGGAUGAGCGUUGCUAUUUAAUUACUAAUAUUAUUGAAUGCCUUAGAGGAGGCCGGGCCAGCCCGGUGUCCUGAAGACCUGUGGCCCAGCAGAGCCUCUGACAGUAAAGUUUUGCUCCAGCCA